UCUGGGAAGGGAUUUAAAGCUGUCUGCCAGACCCGUGGGCUGUUAAAACAAGACAGUGCCACAAUGCUGAGCUCAGGCCUGCAAAUUCCCCCCCUCUUCCUCCUCCUCCUCCUCCUGUUGCUCACAGCGAUGGAGCUCGGCUGCUCUUUUACAGAGGAGGACAAGAAGUUACUCGUGGACCUGCACAAUCAGUAUCGAGCUAAGGUUUCCCCUCCAGCUGCAGAUAUGCUGAAAAUGAGCUGGGAUCCAGAACUGGAAGCCUUUGCCAAGGACUACGCAACAAAAUGCAUCUGGGAACACAAUGCGGAGCGCGGACGGCGAGGCGAGAACCUCUUUGCCAUGUCUGGCAACCUGGAUGUGAAGAUGGCGGUGGAUGAGUGGUACAACGAGUACGCCUUUUAUAAUAUGACAACAUUAACCUGCCAAGAAGGGCAGAUGUGUGGUCACUAUACACAGGUGGUCUGGGCAAGUAGUGAGCGUAUGGGCUGUGGGACGGUGUUCUGCGAAACCCUGGAAUUCCUGAAUGACACCGACAUGCAUUUGGUAGUCUGCAACUAUCAGCCACCGGGGAACAUAAAGGGACGCAAACCGUACAAGGAAGGGGCUCCAUGUUCCAUGUGCCCAGAUGGCUAUUCCUGUAAGGACUCUCUCUGUGAAUCCGGUGUUGACAUGGGAGACGCCACCGCAUCGCCUAAGCUGGAGCCAACGGCUGUCUUGACUGCAAGCCCAUCUCUGCAAACUACACCAGAUUCAGCACCUGAUACGCCAGACAGUCCCCAAACAGGAGCAGAAUCUGAAUCCCCAACAGCUGAAGGGCCAACCUCUUCGCUAGAGCUAACUUCAGACUUGUCAAACUCAGACGCAACUGUUUCCUCUUUGGUGACAAUGGGAGCUACAACUCUUCGCCCUGCCUCCCCAGAAUCAAGAACUGAAAAAGCCACUUCUGCAGAAUUUCCUUCGUCUGGUGGCUUAGCCACACCUCAAGCCACCAUUAAAAAACCUGAGCCACCUUCAACUCCCCCCACACCAGUGCAUUCUACCCCCAAGUCACCCUUGGUCCCUAAACCUGCAUCCGCCCCUAAACCUCCAUCAACAGGUAAACCUCCCUCCAUGCCCAAACCCCUUUCAGCCCAUAAGCAUCCCUUCUUCUCCAAGCUACCUGCCCCAAAGAAGCCUCCUGUCUCUAAAACACCUGCACGCCAUCGCUUGUCAGCUUACUCCAAAGCAAUAAACAAGCACAGCAAUGCUGCUCAGGCCUCUGCAGAUAAGGUACCUGUUCACAACACUGCAGCUAAGGCAGCUUCAAUCUCGGUCUGCCUGCCUUGCCUUGGAUGCAAACAGAUUAGCCACCAUGAAGAAAUAAAGACUGCACUUAAAGAGCUGACUUCCAGGUACCCCUAUGCUCCAUGCUUUUCGCCGCUUCCCCGGUGGCAGAGGCAUAGUAAGUGGGGCAAUACACUUAGGAAGGCCAGGCCUUAUUGGCUCAACAGUUUAUAGCGGUAUUUGAUCCAACAUAUUUAUAGGCUGAGCCCUCUGUCUUCUCUUUCCCUUUCUGCCCUUUUAGUGAGUUUGCCAGUCUGCUGGGAAUAGCACUGUAGCAUGGCCAGUGGCUGAAAAUUCUGUAGAUGGUGGUACAAAUCUUGCUCAAGCAAUAAUGCUCUUGGGAGGUUGCAUUUUAUUUCCACAACCCCGUGUUUUU